UCGGAUCAGUUAUCGGCAGUGUCCACGUCUGCCCGGCCCAAAUAAAAUCUUCUGCUGUGGAACUUCAAUUAAUGACAAUUUAGAUAAUUUCCAUUAAAUUUCAUCGUUACAGUGCCGUUUUUCUCCAAGAAAUUUACAUCUUCUCAACAUGUGGGCUGAUACAUUGCUAAUUCUGUUUAUUUCGGUUUGCACUGCGCUUCUUGGAGAAGGUUUAACAUGGUUGAUGGUUUAUCGUACUGAAAAAUACCAAAAACUUAAAUCUGAGGUUGAACGGCAAAGUAAACGAUUGGAAAAAAGAAAGGAAGCCCAUGGCGAUUCAUUGGAUAAACAGCAAAAACGAAAAAUUGAAAGAGAAGAGGAAAAGUUGAAACAAAAUAACAGAGAUCUAUCCUUAGUGAAAAUGAAAUCAAUGUUUGCCAUUGGUUUUGCGUUUACUGCACUUUUAAGCAUGUUUAACAAUAUAUUCGACGGAAGAGUUGUUGCAAGAUUGCCCUUCCUCCCUAUAUCAUGGAUUCAAGGGCUCUCCCAUCGCAAUCUUCCGGGAGAUGAUUAUUAUGACUGUUCAUUCAUUUUCCUCUACAUCCUUUGUACAAUGUCUAUUCGCCAGAAUACUCAAAAAAUUCUUGGCUUUGCUCCAUCUCGCACAGCAAGUAAACAAGGGGGCAUUUUUGGAGCCCCUCCACAGGCGUUUAAGUAGAUGAUAACAUAACCAAAUAUAAUAUAAAAUUAUUGAAAUGUUUCAUAACUUUGAAUAUGAAAUUAAAUACCAAAUGUUUUGAAGAAUAAUAUACACUUUAAUACAAAAUUUCUGUUAAACACAAAUUGCUUUUAAAUAAUAAAAAUGGAAAGAAAUAUAA